UAUGAUAGAGAGAGAAUAUAGAUCCUCUCUCACAUCAUUCAUAACAAAAAUAGUGAAGCAAAUAAAAGUAGAAUCACUGUGAGAAGCCGUAAAGUAUCUGAGUGAUCCAUUUCGGUUUUCUAGAAUGGUAAAGAAAGAAGAGUUUCUAAGAGAAAACGGUUUUGAGAAAGAACAAAAAGUCUCACGCAGUGACUUCCCUUCCGACUUCGUCUUCGGAGUCGCCACCUCUGCUUAUCAGAUAGAAGGUGCUAGCAAUGAGGGUGGCAGAGGUCCUUGUAUAUGGGAUGCCUUUACACACACUGAAGGAAAAAUACUUGACAAAAGCAAUGGUGAUGUAGCAGUUGAUCACUAUCAUCGGUAUUUGGAAGAUAUUGAUCUUAUAGCCAAGUUGGGUUUUAGUGCUUACAGAUUUUCAAUUUCUUGGUCUCGUAUUUUCCAUGAUGGCUUAGGAACCAAAGUCAAUGAUGAAGGGAUAGCAUUUUACAACAACGUUAUUAAUGCUCUUCUAGAAAGAGGUAUUCAACCUUAUGUAACUUUGUACCAUUGGGAUCUUCCACUUCAUCUUGACGAGUCAAUGGGAGGAUGGUUGAAUAAAAAAAUAAUAGAAUACUUUGCAGUCUAUUCAGAAACUUGCUUUGCAAGUUUUGGUGAUAGAGUGAAGAACUGGAUUACUAUCAAUGAGCCCCUUCAAACCGCAGUUAAUGGGUAUGAUCUUGGAAUUUUUGCUCCUGGAAGAUGUGAAAAUAGAUCAGUAGAGCCAUACUUAGCAGCACAUCAUCAAAUCUUAGCUCAUGCAGCAGCUGUUUCCAUUUACCGAAGCAAGUACAAGGAUAAGCAAGGAGGACAAGUGGGGCUGGUUGUAGACUGUGAAUGGUCAGAGCCUAACUCUGAUAAGAUUGAAGAUAAAUCCGCUGCUGCUAGACGCUUAGAUUUUCAGAUUGGCUGGUUCUUGCAUCCACUGUAUCAUGGAGAGUAUCCUGAAACUAUGCGUGAACGACUUGGAGACCAGCUUCCCAAAUUCUCAGAGGAGGAUAAAAAACUUCUUUUGAAUUCUUUAGACUUUAUUGGUCUAAAUCACUAUACAACAAGGUUAAUUUCACAUGUGACAGAAUCUGGAGAAAGUUAUUACUACAACGCACAGGCGAUGGAGAGAAUUGUUGAAUGGGAAGAUGGUCAGCUCAUUGGUGAGAAGGCAGCAUCAGAGUGGCUAUAUGUUGUUCCUUGGGGUCUUCGGAAGGUUAUUAAUUAUGUAUCACAAAAAUAUCCUGCCCCUAUUUACGUCACAGAGAACGGUAUGGAUGAUGAAGAAAAUGAUAGCUUGUCAUUACAUGAGAUGCUAGAUGACAAACUGAGGGUUCAAUAUUUCAAGGGAUACGUAUCAUCAGUUGCGCAGGCUAUGAAGGAUGGAGCAGAUGUGAGAGGAUACUUUGCAUGGUCAUUACUGGACAACUUCGAAUGGGCUCAAGGUUAUACCAAACGCUUCGGAUUGGUCUAUGUAGAUUACAAAAAUGGACUCACUAGGCACCCAAAGUCUUCUGCAUAUUGGUUUUCACGGUUUCUGAAAGAUGGGACAAACAAGAAGGGUAAAGAAGAGUAGUUCACUUUCAUCAUUGUGUCUUACAAGGAAGAAAAUAAUACCAGGACAAGAACUUCUGUCAUUGUUUGGAUGUUUUGUGAAAACUAUAGUGGACUUCUCGAGUUAUUUACCACUGCAUCAAAUCUUAUGCCUUAACCUAUAUUAUUUACAUUUGUCUUAGCUUCUAAUCUGCUUCCAUCUUUCUUUUUGAAUGGUAGUAGCUUCCUUGUACUGUGAAAAUUGCCAUUGUGGUUGUGCCAAUUUGUCUUUUUCAAAGCUGGAUACAUUUUUUCAUCCACAUCUUUUUGGAAACAAUACGAUUUUGAAGAGAUGCUAUCAGACUUGAUCUUAUUUUUA